GCAUUGUUGCAAACAUGGCUUCCUCUACAUUUUCCCAUAAUGCUAUUCGCAUUUCAGUUAACAUCCGGUCACUUCCGGAAACCAUGGGUUCCCUCAAUGUACAUGUACAGUGUGUUUUCACAAGGCAUUUGCACCGUAUCCUCAACUCAAAAGGUGUCACUUUACAUGAUGCAUUCUUAGUGAGAAAUUUUCACUUGUCUAGAAGGGACUUUGUUCAAACACACGAAGGAACUCAUUAUGGGAGCACAAUAGAUAAAGAUGAAAUAGAAAAGUUUAACAAACUUGCCAAUAAUUGGUGGAGUGAAAAUGGGGAAAUGAAAGCAUUACAUGCAAUGAAUCAGCUGCGUGUACCAUUUAUAAGAGAUACUUUAGUGCCAGAGAAGUCCAUAACAUCCAGUCCAUUAAAAGGUUUGCGGAUUCUGGAUGCAGGAAGUGGAGGUGGAUUUCUGAGUGAACCACUUGCAAGACUUGGUGCAACUGUUGUUGGUGUAGAUGCUUCAGAAAAAAACCACAGAGUGGCUAAGCUACACAGUUCUCAUGAUUCCAGUCUAGAGAAAGACCUGACGUAUAUAAACUGUGAAAUAGAGGAUUUACUACCAAAGGAAAAGGGAUCAUUUCAUGCAGUUGUUGCUUCUGAAAUCCUUGAGCAUGUGGCAGAUACAGAGACUUUUGUCAGAGCCUGCAGUGACUUAGUUAUGCCUGAUGGCUCAUUGUUUUUUACAACCCUCAACAAAACCAACCUGUCUUAUGCCUUGAGCAUUGUUGCUGCAGAAAGACUUCUAAAAAUAGUACCUGUAGGAACCCAUGAUUGGAGUAAAUUUAUAGAUCCAUUAGAUUUGCAAGACUUGUUAGAUAAAUAUGAUUGUAGCACUCACCAGGUCCAUGGUAUGUUUUACAACCUUCUCACAAACAGAUGGGAUUGGAUUAGAGAUACCAGCAUUAAUUACAUGCUUCAUGCAGUAAAGCGGACUCCUGACAGCUGAGGCUCCAACCUGUUCCAGGAUAGCUAUCCAGAGCUAGGAGACCUGAAUAUUUUAUGGCAAAAUGCAUACUUCCUCAGGAACAUUAUAAUAAACAUAUGCUUUUGAUAGAACUAUUUUUCACCAAAGGGGAAAAUCAUGAAUAAAGAUUGCAGUCUAUUUUCAUAGACUAUCCAUAAAUAUGCAGCCUAAAAUGUUGGGAAAAUUUAGGGAAAAAAAGCUUGUCAUCUUUCCUGAUUAACAUUGUCAGUCUGCCAAAAGAUCUUUAGCUGCCUCAUCCUCUCCAAAUAUCAACCAUCUUAACCUCUCCUUAAGACAGUUGAAAUGUAAAUAGGCAUAUGAUAAUG